CUUAAACCGCAUAGUGGUGCUUAUGUAAAGUUGGAGGAGAAAGGAAAGGAAAGAAAAGAGACGAAGAACAAGAAGACGGAAGAGUAGCGACAUACUACUGCUUGCAGAGAACAAAGGCGACAGCUCACUGGAAAAGGUCGCCGCUAUUUCAACCACGAUGUCGAAACGACCAUCGUACGCUCCGGCCCCUCCACCUGCACCAACUACUCAAGUGCCUUCCACCCCAGGCUUUGUGGGCUACAACCCUUACAGCCACUUGGCCUACAACAACCUGCGACUGGGAGGGAGCUCCGCAGGCUCCAGCAGGAACCUGUCGGGCAUCACAGUCCCAAAGCCUCCCAAACCUCCAGACAAACCGCUGAUGCCUUACAUGCGUUACAGCCGGAAGGUAAGCAGGAAGGUGUGGGACCAAGUCAAGGCCUCCAACCCCGACCUCAAGUUGUGGGAGAUCGGCAAGAUCAUUGGUGGCAUGUGGAGAGACCUGACUGAUGAAGAGAAGCAGGAUUACCUCAACGAGUACGAGGCUGAGAAGAUCGAGUACAAUGACUCCAUGAAGGCCUACCACAACUCUCCUGCCUACUUGGCGUACGUCAAUGCCAAGAACCGUGCUGAGGCGGCCAUGGAGGAGGAAAGCAGACAGAGGCAGAGUCGUAUCGACAAGGGAGAACCCUACAUGAGCAUUCAGCCUGCUGAGGACCCUGAUGACUACGACGAUGGCUUCUCUGUCAAGCACACGGCAGCUGCUCGCUUCCAGAGGAACCACAGACUCAUCAGUGACAUCCUGAGUGAGAUCGUGUUGCCAGACGUGCGCUCUGUGGUGACCACUGCACGCAUGCAGGUCUUGAAGAGGCAGGUCCAGUCUCUGAUGGUGCAUCAGAGAAAGCUGGAGGCGGAGCUUCUGCAAAUCGAGGACCGUCAUCAAGACAAGAAAAGACGCUUCUUGGAGACCACAGACUCCUUCAACACGGAACUCAAGCGGCUGUGCAGUCAGAAGAUCGAGGUGGACAUGGACAAGCUAGCGGCAGAGAUGGCGGCUGCCGACGAGGCUGCCAAACGGCGGCUGGAGGAGAAGGAACGUGCGGCGGCGGAGGUGGCUCACAAGAAACAAGAAGAGGAAGAAGAAGAAGAAGAAAUGUCUGCAAAGCAAAGCAACACUGCUAACUCGGCGUCAGACGGCGAGGAGGAAGACAAGCUCACGCCCAUGGAAACAGAUGCAGGUGCUCCUGACUCUUCAGACGCUGCAACAUGUCAGUCUGUGAAAGCUCCUGUCCUGGACGCCACCAACAAGAACCUCAAUGCUGAAAGUCCUGCUGGCGCUCCUCAUGUCCCGGACGCACCUGUGGACCAGGACAGUUCUUCUAGCACACCUCCACCUGCCCUGCAGCUCACCUGAUGUCCUCCGAAGAAUAUAUCUGGUGAUGUGGCUUUUAAAGGUAAUCCUCUUUAACUUCUGUGCUUGGCUUUAGAUGGAGGACUUAGUAUUAGCCUCGCGGCACAUGACCAAUGUUUUUACACUUCUAGCAAAUCAUUAGAAGACUUUGUUUUACUAGGACAAUAAAUUUCUUUUCAUCACAAA